AUGUCUGAGGUGAAGAGUCUCUGGUUGAUGACCAAGAAGAAUAAUGGGAGGUUCCGUGUGCUGGGUCCUUCUGACCCUCUGAGUGUCCAGCUUGGUGGCUCAGUGAUGUUACCCUGCUAUGUUGAAACUCCUCUACCGAUGGAUGAGCUGGAAGUGGAGUGGAAGAGAACCGACACUUUAGUUCAUUUGUGGCAGAAUGGACAAAGUGAACCAGAGUCUCAGAACCAGGAUUAUAGACAACGAGCACAUUUCUUCUCUGAGGAGGUCAAACAUGGAAACUUCUCACUCUUACUUACUAAUGUAACCAGUAAAGAUGCAGGAGUUUACAGAUGUGUGGUUUAUACAGAGAAGGAAUCUGAUGAAGCUUCAAUUGAAAUAAAGGAAGCAGAUCAUCUGAUUGUAACUGGAGGUCACGCUGUAUCUGCUCACGCUAGUGAAGACGUCACACUGAAUUGCUCAAUCAAAUCUCAUUUACCACUAGAACAGAUAGAACAGAUUGAGUGGAGGAAAGUGGAUGAAAGCAUCUUAGUUCUGCUGUAUGUAAAUGGUGAGGUUCUGACAGACUCCAGUGAUGAGAGAUACAGAGACAGAGUUGAGCUCUUCAGCAAUGAAGAAGUUCAGAAAGGAAACUUCUCACUGAGACUGAAGAACGUCAGAACUGAGGACAAAGGGCGGUUCAUGUGUGUAGCGUUUCAUGGAGAUUUAUCAGCUAACACCACUGUGGAGGUGCAGCAGCUUGAUUUCAGCUUCUCCAUGAUCUAA